AUACAUUAAAAACGAGCCAUUCUGCCUGUAGCUGUUCAGCAGAUACUCUGUAUCAUCACAUGGAAACAGACAAGGUCCAAUGAACACAAAGACCACACCUCAGCCCGCCCCAGGUGGUCUAGGACGGGGCCUCUUCGCCUCAACAGACAUUGCCGUCGGCGAAGAAGUGCUACACAUUCCCGUCCCAUUCGUGGCAGUCCUAGACACGGAACACCUAGGAGAGGUAUGCUCCGGCUGCUUUGGCCAGAGACAGCUAGAAGAGGAAGGGAUGGCUCUGAAAGGCUGCAGAGGAUGCGGCAUUGUGAAGUACUGUGAUAAGACAUGUCAAGCAAAGGACUGGAAGCUGGGACACUCUCUUGAAUGCUCGAUCUACCAGAAUCUGAAGCCCCGCGUUCUGCCUAUCAACGCGCGAGCCGUGCUGCGCAUGGUCUUGCGCAGCGAACGCCAAAAGUACUCCAGCGAGGAGCUGGACCAGUUCCUCCAGCUUGGGACUCAUAUCAAGGACAUUCGCGACCAAAGUGCCUCGCAGUGGGAGCGUAUAUCUCUUUCCUCGAAGGCGAUCAAGGCCUACUCUGGCACGGAUAUGAGCGAAGAGGUCAUAUCUGCUAUGGGAGCUAAGCUCGACCUCAACUCCUUCAACCUCACCAACGCCGUCUACGACCGUCUCGGCGUCUACCUCCACCCUUACGCCGCUAUCUUCAACCACAGCUGCGACCAUAACGCCGCCGUCAGCUUCGACGGCCCCAACCUGCACAUCAAAGCCCUCCGACCCAUCCGGAAGGACGAGCAGAUCUUCAUCACUUACAUAGACGUAACGGACCCCUAUCCUAUUCGCCAAGCUAACCUCCAAUCUCGAUACUACUUUACCUGCCACUGCUCGAAAUGCACCCGAGAAGCAGGCUCAUCAGCAGCAAUAACCCUACACCCAGCACAGCAAGAAGCCUACAACAUCCUCCAAUCCCUAUCAACCUUAGAGAACCCCAUCCAAACCCUCCUUCAAGCCCUCACCACCCUCCAAACCUUCUCCCUCCCCAAAACAACCCAACCCUCCAUCUCCCUCCACGACGAACUCAUCACCGCCCUCCUCGCCGAACAGAAAUACAAAUCUGCCUUCGCCCACGCCGCGGCCCGCUACCGUGCUAUCGAUCCGGUCGUGUACCCGCUCCAGGGCCAUCCGAUCCGGUUGCUGCAUGCGUGGGUGUUGGCUAGGUUGGCGAUUCAUUUGUCACAGGGCGUUGAGGUACAGCAUACUGGUGGUAAUGAGGAAAUUGUCUUGGAGAAGUACGAGUUGAAUUUUAAUUUAAUUAUUUGGUCGGUGUUGGCGAAGUUGGUAGGGAUGGAAAGCACGGGGGGCAUGGGCCCUGGGUUUUGGAGGUUAGUGAAGAGGGAGUUUCGGGCUGUGAGGGGGGAGUUUGUUGCUGCGGGGUUGGAUCCGAGGGGGUCGAGGGAGUUGGAGAGGGAGAUUGGGAGGGAGUGGGGGAAAGUGGAUGGGGUGGUUAGGGAGUUGGGGUUUAAUAUAGCUUAG